GUGCCAAUGGAGACCCAACGGGAGCCGUCCGGGUUUCCUUGGUGACUGUUGCCAGGUGAGAAACUCCGAGGCAGAAUUUAUUCUCUUGGUGGAUAAGAGGAGAUGUUCCUCACCGGGGCUGCUACAGGACCCUGUCCCACCACCACGCUGCGCUGGACGCCCCAGUGACACCGGUGACAGCGGGGUCCCUGAGAGCGGGCUGUGCCUGGGGAGCUGGGGCUGUGCAGCCCCUGGCAUCUCUUCCCAGAAGGCAGCACGUGUUUUAGGGCUAUUUCUGCCCGCUGGAGAGUGGCAGGAGAGGGAAGGAGGCAAAAACCACAGGGACUGCGGAGAAGCACAGAUGGACGCGGGCUGGUGGGCUGCCCUGCCUCAGCUUCCCUAGACCCCCCCGGGAUGGCGCCGCCGCGAGGCUGAGCCGGGCCGGGCCGGGCCGGGCCCCAGUCGGGCCGGGAUGGACGGCCCGGGAUGGGGGCAGCUGCCCGCCGCCGCCCCGUCGCGGGCGAAGCUGCCGCUCGGCAUCGUUUUCUCGACGGCGCUGUUCUGCGGGGAGAGCGCGGCGGCCGCCGUCCUCUGCUUCUCCUACGGACACUCCGACGACCGCUUCUGGCUGGCGCUCACCGUCUUCUUCGUGCUCUGCCCCUCCGUCCUGGUGCAGCUCACCCUCAUCUUCGUGCACCGCGACCUCAGCCGCGACCGCCCCCUCGUCCUGCUCAUGCACCUGCUGCAGCUCGGGCCCAUCAUCAGGUGCGUGGAGGCCCUGGUGGUGUACUGCAGGUCAGGGAGGCAGGAGGAGCCCUACGUCACCAUCACACGCAAGAGGCGGCUGCGGAAGGGCUAUGAGGUGGAGAUGGAGCAGGAGGUGGGCCACUCGAUGCGCCGGCUAGCCACCCACCGCAAUGCCUUCAAGCGCAUGGCAGUCAUUCAGGCCUUCCUGGGCUCCACCCCGCAGCUCACCCUGCAGCUCUACAUCAGCAUCCUGGAGAAGUACGUCCCCGCCGCCCGAGCCGUCCUCAUGGGGAUCUGCCUGGUGUCAGUCACCUACGGGGCGCUCGUCUGCAACAUCCUGGCCAUCCAGGUCAAGUACGAUGACUACAAGGUCCAGCUGCGGCCGCUGGCCUUCCUCUGCAUUGUGCUGUGGCGCAGCCUGGAGAUCUCCACUCGUGUGGCCGUCCUGGUGCUCUUCAGCACCGUCUUCAAGCACUGGAUCAUCCCCAUCGCCUUGGCCAACCUGCUGGUGGUCUUCUUCCUGCCCUGGGUGCAGUUCUGGCGGAGCGGCACACGGCUGCCCGACAACAUCGAGAAGAACUUCAGCCGGGUGGGCACGGUGGUGGUGCUCAGCGCCUUCACGCUGCUCUACGCCAGCAUCAACAUGUUCUGCUGGUCGGCCGUGCAGCUCAAGCUGGCUGACCGGGACCUCAUCGACAAGUCGCAGAACUGGGGCCUCCUGGCCGUGUACUACGUGGCCCGGCUGGCAGAGAACGCGGCGCUCGUCAUCCUCUGGUACUUUUUCAAGACGGAUGUCUACGAGAACAUCUGCACCCUGCUGCUGGUGGCACAGCUGCUGCUUGGCUACUGCCUGGGCAUCUACUUCAUGCUGCUCUUCUUCCAGUACCUGCACCCGUGCCGACAGCUCUUCCGACACAACGUCGCUGAUUUCCUGCACUGCGUCUGCUGCCGGCGGCCCCCGGGCAGCCCGGAGCGCCUCGAGGCGCCCCACGAGCCCGGCGUGAGGCACAGCAUUGUGUGAGGCACGGCCUGGGGCUGCAGGCUACAGACAAGGGGACGGGGCAGCAUGAACCACGCCGGAGGCAGACGCUCCCUGGCCCUGCAGUGGCAGCGGGUCCAGGUGCCCUCAUCUGAGCAUUGGUGGAUCCCCGUGGUGGCAGGGGACAGGAGCACACCUGCCCAGACCACGUGCCUUGGCACACACAGGAGGGACCUUUGGGGUGUCCAGACCCCACGGGGCAGCCAGCCAGGUGUGGAGCAUUGGGGUGCUUGGUCCCCACCCCGGUGCCUUUGGUAACCCCAGGGACACAAGGGCUGCUCUGGGACUGUUUUGAGCAGUAAAGAAACUUUUCUGUG